AUGUCUACAUUUGAAUCUCUGCCCGUUGAGCUCAUCGCUGACAUCCUUGGGGAGCUUGACCUCACAUCGCUGGUGCUCGUUGCCUACCUCUCUCGCCGCCUGAAAGACAUCGCGUCAGACCCCUCCCUGAACCCUUGGCGCCGUCCGAUCCUCCGCGCUCUCCGCGCACCUACAUCCGUCGACAACGAAGCUGAGUACGAGCCCGUUCUGCGCCAGCUUAGUGUGCGCCAGAUUGUCCCGAGGCACAAUUGGGUGGAAAUCCUGAGUCUCGGCAAACCCGAAUACCUCCUCUUUGAGAUGACGCUGCCAAACCUGAAGGAGACCGAAUGGGAGGAGUGCUUCCGUCGUAGGUUCCUACCCGGUUGGGUCAAGUGGAAGACGACGUCGUGGAAAGCCGCGUUUCUCAAGAUCUUGCAUCGUACAUGGCACCGAAGCCAUUCGUCUUGCACUGCUGAUGAGGGUUGGACCAAGUACAUUCUCCUCAACAGGAAUGGCUCCGCCAACCUUCUCGAAGCCUCGUCUCGCAGCUACGGCCCUAUGGCCGUCUUCCACGAAAUCAAACUGCAAAACAACCUGGCACACUUGCCGACCCACGUUCGACUCGUCGUUGAGUUCAGAGACGUGCGGAUUAUCGCGCUUGGAGUCCUGAGCAAGCCGCGUUCGUCUUUCUCCGUCAACCAGAACGCGCGUGCGUUCCUCCACCCCCCGGGAGUCACGAAAGGGGAAGACGAGGGCGCGUCCAGUUCCGCGCGAAGCAUCUCGGAGGGCAGUGACGAGUCGUUCGCGCCGCCGGCUGCGGACCCCGGGCUUCCUGGAAGAGGCCCAGCAACACCGUUCAUGUUGAGGGAUGCGUAUCGCCCGCUGAUACACCCUCUCCCUUCGUCAUGUCAUGCAAAUUAUCCUCUUUAUACCUCCGGCGGAGAAGACAAGAGGUGGAUGGGGAACGGAGAGAUGGAAGAGAACGGACGUCAGUGGGUGGGACCGAUGUUGAUCACUGCACAACUGGUCGGGCCUCAAACCAAGCAGCAGCCUGCGGACAUCUUCCUGCCUCUGCAGGACCUAGACCUCAUAGCAGGACCGGGCCGGAACCAGUACGCGUCCCUCACCUGGGAGGACCUGACUGCGGUCGCGCCAUGGCUCGAACUCACGAACAUGAUCAACGGCGCUGGCCUCGGACAUUGA